AUGGCCGCGGCCCAGACUGAGGAGGCCGAGCUCCUCACGAGCUUCCUCCUCGACCCCGCGCGACUGCCCAACAUCCUGACUUUCGACCAGUUCCGCGCGCUUUUUCCUCGCGAAGUGCACGCCAACCCCUUGCUGCGCAGCCUCUUCCUCGACCUAUCUGCCCAGCGCGGGCACACCAUCGACACCGUCGCCGCGGCCAUUGAGUUCGAGGUCCAGCGCGGGGGACAGGCCAUCCGGCGCGAGGUGGCGCGCCAGCGCCGCGAGGAGGUGGACUGGGAGGUGGACGGCGAGGUGGAGAUGGACCGCGCUCUGUUUGCGAGCGAUUCGGCGGCGAAGAAGUCCAAGCAUACGCUCGGCAGCAUCCUGCCGGAGCUCGAGGGCGCGACGGCCGCAGUUGAGGGCGAGAUUGCCAAGCUGCAGCAGCAAGAGGCUGACCUAAAAGAGGCCCUUGCCCGGACGAUUGACGAAUUGGGCGACCUGCGCACCGGUGAACUCACGAACCAGCAAUUACCGGACGAAGUGCUCGACCGCCUAGAGAAUCUACAAGAAAUAUGCAAUCGCAAGACGUGA